AUAUUUCGUCAUAUAUGUAAUAAUACGUUUUAAAUUUACAAUUCCACUCCUCAUAUUUAAUCCGGCAUCGUUGUAAAACUUCUACCAACUGACUCAUAACGUCAUUUCAUCAGUUAGUUUUGAGAAUUGGUGUUGUGUUCGUUUACACGAAGAAUUUAAACAAUUUUUAAAGUUUGAGUGCCUUUUUCCGGUAGAAAUAAAAUAAUGGGCGAUGAAGUAGCUGAAAACGGUCACGUAGAAAACGGAGACGUACCAGAAAUCGAACUCAUAAUAAGGGCGUCCACCAUAGACGGUAGACGUAAAGGAGCGUGUCUUUUUUGUCAAGAAUAUUUUAUGGAACUGUACUUAUUGGCCGAACUUAAAACAAUUAGUUUAAAAGUAACUACGGUCGAUAUGCAGAAACCGCCUCCCGAUUUUCGUACGAAUUUCGAAGCUACCCCGCCUCCGAUACUAAUAGACAGAGGUAUGGCCAUUUUGGAAAACGAAAAAAUUGAAAGACACAUCAUGAAAAGUGUACCGGGCGGACAUAAUUUAUUUGUACAGGAUAAAGAAGUGGCAACGUUGAUCGAAAACCUUUAUACGAAAUUCAAGAUGUACGUGAGAAAAUACGAAUCGCCCGAUACUACGGAAAGUAGACAACCGUUACUGUCCCAUUUGGAGAGGAUCAACGACUUUUUGGCCAAAAGGGGAACGAGAUUUUUAACCGGAGACACGAUGUCGUGUUUCGAUUGCGAAUUGAUGCCGAGACUUCAACAUAUACGCAUUGGAGCGAAAGCCUUCAGAAAAUUCGAGAUUCCGACGAGUUUUACUGCCCUUUGGAAUUACAUGGCGAACAUGUACGAAUUGGAGGCUUUCAUACAAAGCUGCCCGGCCGAUCAGGACAUCAUUAGUCACAUUAAAAAUCAAUUGGGUCUAAAGACGACGGCUCGGAUAGAAUUGGAAACGCCCGUUUACACGACGGCCAUUCCGGUCCUGGCGGAAUCUUAAAAAAAUUACGAUAAUGGAAAUUUCAAAAAAUUCGGUUUUGUGAUAUUUGAAAUCGGAAGUAUAUAGGAAAGUUUUAAAAAAAAAUAGGAAUCGAUCUUUUUCGAAUGUUUUUUUUUUGAAAAAAAAAAUUUUGUAGGCCAGUUUUGAGAAAUAUGGAAUCAUAUUAUAAUCAAAAAACCCUCGUAUAUAAAGUUUGUUAUACAAUUUUGCUAAAAAUUUAAUUUUAAAUUGAAAUAAUUCAAAUUAUCGGUUAAGGUUGUUACACACGUUCCUAUUUUUGUUUCAAAUUAAAUUCAAAUUAGCGUUUUAUUUAGAUGCCUUAAAUAUAUAAAAAAAAUUUUCUUUUUCAUAUUAUCAAUCAGAAAAAAAAACCUGUCAAUUUUUCUGUACGAUAUAAACUUGAAAAAAUACAUUUUAAUGCCGCACAAUAUUGGACAUACCAUCAAAAGUUCGUUAAGGGGGUUACUUACGUUCCGGUAUUUCUACUACUUCCACAAAAUCGAUAAAUCGUAUAAGGCAAUGUGUGAAUCGGUCUUUACAUCGUGAAAUAUUGAAAUACCAUGAAAAUUUUAAGUUUAAUUCGAUUAAGAUGGUUAUCUACGUUCCCGAAUUUUUUACUAACGCCUAAAAUACAAUUAAUUGUAUCCGGAUUCGCGUAAUCGGCCCAUUACAACAAAAUAUCGUACGUAUCAUCUUAUAUGAUAGGGUGAAGGUGGUUUUAUACGUUCCGGUAUGUUUGUUAAUAGCGAGGGAAUAAUUAUUCAUAAUUCUGUACGUGUAAACUGGUCUUUACACGACAAAAUUUUAUACAUCCUAUGAAAACUUCGAGUCUUAUUCUAUUAAGGCGGUUAUCUACGGGACGUGACAGUAAUUCGUAUUCCGAUUCGUGUGAAUAGGCCUUUAUUUGUACGCUCCGUUAUUUUUGGUUAUAACACGAGAACAAUUAAUCGCGAAUCGUAACGUGUAAAACGGUCUUUAUAACUUAAAAUUUCGUAUAUACCAGCGAAACUUCGAGUUUGAUUCAAUUGACGUUCCGGUAUCUUUAAUGAUAACCUAAAAACAGUAGUAAUUCGUGUGAACAGGCCUUUAUGACAUACUAUCGUUUAUGAUACGGUUAAGGUGGUUUUCUACGCUCCGGUAUCUUUAUUUUUAUUCGUUAGCAAUAAACCGUGUGAAACGGUCUUUAUAACCCCAAUCGAAUUUGGUGUAGCUGCAUGUUAAGGUGGUUAUCUACGUUUUUUUUUCAUCUUAAUAAUUGAUAUAAGCGUAAAUACGCCGGAACGUGUGUGCCACUCUUAACGAUUAUUAUUUUAUCGGCUCCAAACGCAUCAUUUUUAUUUCGAGUAUUAAGUAUUAUUUAAUACAUUAUCUAAAUUUUUAAACAAUUGAUCGAUAAUAACUAGAUAAUACUAGAUUAAUUAUUUAAUUUUAAUUUUUUUUCUUUAAACAAUCGCUUUUUCACUGUUCCAAUACGUAGACGCACUUAUUUUAUUUUUAAUUUAAUCGUAUCGAAAUUUCUCCAAAUUUGGGGAAAAAUUGGGGGUGUGCCAACACCGCAGUUUCUCUCAUUUGGGUCGGAACGUUAUAUCCAAUAACGUGUCAUUUGUCACGAUAUUUUCACGUUCCUUGACGUUGAUUGAUUUGAUUUGAAUAUAUGGUAAGUUUUUAACACGUGGAGACAUUUCGAUAUUACAAAACUGAUUUAAUAUAUUUUUAUAUGGAUUUUUCUUUCGCUAUUUACCUAGUCCAGGUACUGAAAUAAUUACUUACGUAAAAUUAUGUAAAGAACCAUUUUGUACGAUGUGAUGGUAAAAAAAUGUUUUAAAAUUGACGUAUACAAAUUUUUCUUUCUCUUAAGCAUCUUUAAUGACCAUAAAUGUUAAGUUUUUCGUUUAUUUUUUUUUCUAUACAAUUGCAUUGUUGUUACUGGAGUUACUAUUAUUAUUAUUAUUUAGAUAUUAGAUUUGUACUUUUACUAUCAGAAUACCUGGUUGCGUUCAAUAGAACAUUUAAUUAAUAAAGGUCUAAACUAUUUAAAA